AUGGGGGCCGAGGCGGUGACCCACCACCCGGCCGUGCUCCUCGUGCCGUUCCCGGCGCAGGGCCACGUCACGCCCAUGCUGCAGCUGGCGCGCGCCCUCGCCGCGCACGGCGUCGCGGCCACCGUCGCCGUCCCGGACUUCAUCCACCGCCGCAUCUCCGGCGGCGGCUGCGCGGGCGCCGGCGUGGCGCUCGCGUCCAUCCCCAGCGGCAUCGAGGACGGCUCCGGCCCCGACGCCAACCCGGGGUUCGCCGCCAUCGUGCACGCAAUGGAGCACCACAUGCCCGCCCACCUGGAGCGCAUGCUGGCGGGGCCGCCGCCGUCUCGCCGCGGCCCCGCCGUCGCGUGCGUCGUCGUCGACGUGCUGGCGUCGUGGGCCGUCCCCGUCGCCGCGCGCUGCGGCGUCCCGGCGGCCGGGUUCUGGCCCGCGAUGCUCGCCAGCUACCGCGUCGUCGCCGCCAUCCCGGAGCUCAUCGAGAGGGGCCUCAUCUCGGAAUCCGGUACACCGAUCUCGUCGAGCGAGUCGACCGACGACGACGCGAUGAUCCGGGGCCUGAAGAUCCUGCCGGCGCAGGUGGAGCUCCGCGCCGGGGAGCUGCCGUGGCUUGUCGGCGACCCGGCCACCCAGAGGUCACGGUUCGCCUUCUGGCUCCAGACCCUGCACCGCGCCAGGGGCUUCCGCUGGGUCCUCGUCAACUCCUUCCCGGGCGAGGCCGGCGCGGACGACGUGGUGCGCCGCCUCGCGCGGCAGGGCCCGCAGGUCCUCCCGGUCGGGCCGGCGCUGCUCCCCGGCGGCCUCGGCGGCGCCGCCGCCGAGCGCACGAAGCAGCAGCCGCCGCCGUGCUGCGGCAACAACAAUGACGACGACAAGAACCCGAGCAUGUGGCGCGCGGACUCGACGUGCAUAUCGUGGCUGGACGCGCAGCGCGCGGGGUCGGUGGUGUACGUCUCGUUCGGCAGCUGGGUGGGGUCGAUCGGCCCUGACAAGGUCCGGGAGCUGGCGCUGGGGCUGGAGGCCACGGGCCGGCCCUUCCUGUGGGCGCUCAAGCGGGACCCCUCGUGGCGCGCGGGGCUCCCCGAGGGCUUCGCCGAUCGCGCGGCCGCGGGCGGGCGGGGCAAGGUGGUGGACUGGGCGCCGCAGGAGGACGUGCUCCGGCACGCCGCCGUCGGGUGCUACCUGACGCACUGCGGCUGGAACUCCACGCUGGAAGCGGUCCGCCACGGGGUGCGCCUGCUGUGCUACCCGGUGUCCGGGGACCAGUUCAUCAACUGCGCCUACAUCACGGGGCCGUGGGGCAUCGGGCUCCGACUCGCCGCCGGCGUGACGCGAGGCGACGUGAGGGAUGGCAUCGGGAGGGUCAUGGACGAAGGCGGCGAGGGGAAGCGCCUGCGGGAGAAGGUCCGGGCGCUGCGGGAGCGCGUCGUGGCGGCGGAGGCGCGGCGCGCGGCGGACCGGAGCGUCGGGUCGUUCGUGGACGAGAUCCGGAGGGAGAGCCACCCGCUGCUGAUGCAGAUACACAGCGUGUUGUAGCGAUCUAUGCAGCGUAUGGCGUACAUGUACAUUAUCCACUUUUAACGGUUGUGAUCCAUGGUAGCAAAACGACCAAUGGCCAAAUCUCGUUCUGGCAAGACAUCAAACUGCCAAUGGCAUGAUACUGUUUCA